AUGGCAUCGUUUCUUUAUAAAUUGGGCGUUGCAGCAUUAGGUACUACUGUCGGCUCUUCAUUAGCGGGCUGGACAUUUGAUCGAUGGAAUCUUACUCGUAAGGUCAUUAAUCCGCCAUCGCGGCUACCAAUCCACAGAAGUCAUUUAAUUUCGCGUGCAAUGCAAAUUCAGAAUCUACAACGGGAAUCUGAAUUCGAUGUGCUAGUCAUAGGCGGUGGCCCUAUGGGAGCCGGUUGCGCUUUAGAUGCGGUUACCAGGGGUCUGAAAACGGCUUUGGUUGAGGCCGACGAUUUUGCUAGUGGUACCUCAUCCAAGUCAGCAUCAACUAAGUUGAUGGAAGAUGGUGCGCAGUGUUUGCAAAAAGCAAUGACAGAGUCGGAUUACAAAAAACAAUGCAGCAUCGUUAAAGAGGUUUUGCGAGAGAAAGCCAGUUUAUCAGAGUCGGCUCCACAUUUAGUUCAUCCUUUGCCCAUUAUGCUGCCAGUUUACGAAUGGUGGCAAAUACCUCUUUAUUGGGUGGGUACCAAAUGCUACGAUUUGGCGGCUGGCGAUCGUAAUGUCAAAGGAUCGUAUUUCCUUUCGAAACGAGAUGCUUUGGAAUUGUUUCCUACGCUGAAAAAGGACAAAUUAGUGGGUGCUAUAGUGUAUUAUGACGGACAAGAUGAUGAUGCGCGUAUGUGCUUAGCUGUUGUGGUGACAGCUGCGCGUCACGGUGCCACUGUCUGCAAUCACGUAGAGGUCUUGAAAUUGUUAAAAAAAGAUGAUGGAAAGGGAGGUUACGUUUUAUAUGGUGUUGAGGUAAUAGACCACAUGAGCGGCAAGAAAUUUAUUAUUAAAGCCAAGUGUGUAGUUAAUGCUACGGGUUCGUUUAACAAUUCUAUACGGAAAAUGGAUGAUCCUACGAUUAGUAUUUGCGAUCCUAGUUCAUGUGCACACAUAGUACUGCCUGGUUAUUAUAGUCCGGAGCAGAUGGGUUUACUAGAUCCCUUCACCUCAGAAGAUCGGGUUAUAUUCUUUUUGCCAUGGCAAAUGCAUACGAUUGAUGGCACCACAGAUACACCGCAUGUAGUAAAGGAGAAACCUGCUCCAUCCGAUGACGGCGUACAAUAUAUUCUAAAUGAAAUUCAAGAUUAUGUAAAUUCGGACGUGGACGUAACACAUGACGAUGUAUUAUCGGUCUGGAGUGAUAUACCUCCUUCUCCUACAACUCCUUCUGUUGUGUCACAACCAAAAAAAGAUGAUACCCAGUUAUGGACGCAUAAUCAUACUAUUCAUAUCAGUCCUUCUAAUUUAAUUACCGUAGCUGGUGAUAAAGUUACCACUUCCAGAGCAAGGGCUGAGCGUGUUAUAGACACCGCGGUUGAAGUUUGCGACUUAAAACCAUGGUCUAAGUCGAUAAGAAAUACUUUGAAGAUUGAAAAUGGCCAAAACUGGUCACCUACUAUGUAUGCACGUUUAGUGCAAGGUUACGGUUUGGAAUAUGAAGUGGCACAACAUUUGGCCAAAUUGUACGGGGAUCGUGCAUUCGAAGUUGCAAAAAUGGCUUCUCUCACUGGCAAACGUUGGCCCAUCGCUGGCAAUCGUAUACAUCCUGAUUUCCCCUGUAUCGAUGCGGAAGUACGUUACGGUGUUCGUGAAUAUGCUUGCAAUGCCGUUGAUAUGAUAGCACGACGCUUACGUUUAUCAUAUUUAAAUGUUCAGGCGGCCCAAGAAUCAUUACCCAGAAUUUGCGAUAUAAUGGCUGAAGAAUUGAACUGGUCUAACGAAGAGAAGAAGAAACAAAUUAAAAAAGCCAAGCAAUAUUUGGCCCUCGAAAUGGGUCAAGCAACUAAACGCAAUCGUGCCAAACAUCAGAUGUAUUUGAAUUUAAGUAAAGAAGAAAAAGAACUAUGUGCUAAGCGCUUCGAACGUCUUGAUAGAGACGAAAAGCACUCAAGAGGUUUUAAGCAAGGUUUCGGUGAUUGUGAUUUUUCCGAUGAUAUUCUUAAAGACAUCGAUGUUAACGUCAUUGGCGAUUAUCUGAAAAUAAAAAGACAUUGUUAG